CUGACGGAAUUUUUGUGUACCCGAUUAGAUAGUAAAAUUUUCAAAAAGAGGAAACUUUCCCACAGGAUUUUUUUUUUGUGUAUAUUUUUUCCUUAUCGAGCAAAGCACCCCGAACACGAGGAAUGCGUAUUACUCUUUUAUUUACAAACGCUUUUCCAGAUUAGGACUUCGGCUGGCUAGAAUGUCAAGUAAACAAUCGUAACUAAAGUUUAUGUUUUAUAAAUGAACAUUUGCCAGUUAGUUCAUUAAUUCAAAAGCAAAUAACUCGAAUCGACGGGAAAAUGCCCCUAAGUAAAAGUGCGGAUCCACGCACUUUCGUGCUCCUCAAGCCGCUACCCAUCGGUUCCCCAAAGGGUCAGAAGCUGCAGGCACGUAGUACUUCAGUGUAUAGCGCCUUGGAGCCAAGCCGCGAGGAAGUCUUCAAAGAGAAUUACCAGCGCAGACAUGAUCAGCUCAGCCGCCAGGGAUACUGGGCACCCAACUGGAGACCGUACCAAGGGCUUGGGGACCCCCUGCAUCUCGAGCCCAGGCAGCUCAUCCUGCGCUCACUCGGACAGGACGACCAGGUGAGAAAUGAAGACCCUUCUCUUCAAAGAGAGCCUUUGGCACAAGAGAGCGCAGCAGCAACAUCUCAGAGGAGUGUGAAGAAUGAGAGCUUAUCAGCCCACCUUUCUUAUCUGAAGAGCAGUGAAGAUGAGAGGCAAACUCUGAGGAAACACUUAUCAAGUACAAGGAAGAUGGUGUCAGCAGUGAAACAAGGCAGAGGAUACUUCCAGCUCCUGCAGAACGAAGAGCACAGGAUGGCGAGUGCUCAGAUCUUAAAGAUGCAGCAACUUGCUGAACAGAAGAGAAAUGAGAUGCGUCCUCCUUCGCUACUGUCAGAUGAUGACUCAGAUUCGCCGGAUAGUCCUGAGAGAUUUUUCAAGACUGAAGUCCCUGCAGGCCGCUCACCGAAGGCAUCUGCAACUGUGAACAAGAAUGCAACCAUGAGACCUUUUACUCCAGUCCACUCGUCCCUGACUUCCCCGCAGCUGUCAGAUACCCCAGUUGAGGUGAUCUUCCGUCAGCUGUGUUCUUUAUACUGGCUCUUAGAUGUUCUGACCACAGAAUCCACCGGGGGUAUUGGCCCAGUGUCUUCCUGCUGGGAUAUAAGAGACCCAGGAGGAAGCAGAUCGAUGAUGAGACGAACGGUUAAAGAGAAGAACAUCGAACUCAGAUGGGACCACUUUCUGUCCCCGCCCAAAGUAAAAAAAAACUACAGGGCACUGAGGCGGCAGUCUGUGAAGCCCAGGAGGUCGUACUUUCCCAGUUCUUCACGAAUGAGCAUGUCAUCAACCCUUACCGCCAACAUUGGUAGUAUGUCGUCUCUGGUUCUGGGUUCUGAAGACAUGUCCAACCACUUGCUGGAGGAGGUGUGCGAAGCAGAAGAUAGCGAGUCACUGGCCAAUGGAUCCAGGAGCCCCAACCGGCAGGACAAGCUGGAGGUGCCACUCUCUCCCUAUCUCCAGAAGCUUCUAGAAUAUGCACACCAGAGUGCUGAAAAAGAGCUGCAGUUCAACAUGGAGACUGGAAAAAUCAAGUUGGACAGCUAUUUAACAAAUGAUCCUGCUUCGGAAAAAAAUAGAGACAGAAAAGAAGAGGAUACCCCUCAACAGAGGCCUCAGAGCUGCCCAGUAAAUCAAUCAAUAGUCACUAGCAAAUUCAUAGAAAGUAAAAAGGAGCUGUCGUCAGAGAUGAGGCAAAGAUUCUUACAGGCAAUGAGGGAAUCAUCAUCAGAUCUCAACUCAACUUUGGACAUGAUUUCCAAGAAGCGCCAGGAGAAAUGUGUCCACAUAUUUCACUCCCUGGAUAAGCUGAAAGAUGUCCACCAGGGUAUGGAGAGCAUUAGGGCAUGCAGCAAGGUGGCAGGUUGCAGGGACGAGCAGAGUCAGCUAAUGGAGACAAGCUGGCUUUCUCAUCUGCUAUCCUCGAUUCCUUGCCAAGCACUGGACAAUCACAAUAUCCACAAAAUUUUGGACAAGUUAUCCCGCUUUGGCGACAGGCAGAGCCUAAGAAUUGAGCCGCAGCAUUUUGUGAACGUUCUGAGCACAAUCCGCACAUGGGAGCUUUGCUCUCCGGACCUCUGCGUUGCCAUUGAGAUAGUCCGGGAGCACGUAGUGCAGAUGCCUAAAGAAGAUUAUGAGACCUGGCUGAAGUCAAGGGGGGCUUUGCCCACAAGGCCACAGAGUGCCCCCCGGUAAGAUAUUUUGACCAGCAGCAUGAAUCCUGAUCCUGGAUAACGACAUUUAUUCCUUAGUUCUUGUUGGUGGAUUUCCUUAAGCAUGUGAAGCAUAAGUGGCCCAGUCCUACCUUCAAAUAAAUUCCAGUUUGAUGACUUCUGGUUUCUUUCUAUAGUCAGAUGUACACCGAGGUGUGAGAAUUACUUUAUAACAAAUUUUGGAAGAUGUGUGCUUUUUUAUUUACAGUAGUCUCUUUAUUUUUUUCUCAUUCCCAAAGUGUUGUGUCUAAAUUAAUAAAGUCAAUGGCAGCAAAUGUUUAAGAGCAAAACCACCUUGGUGUGACUGUGUACACAAACGCCUGCUUACAUAAGCUAUUAUCUGUCCUUCCAUCCACUAUACCAACCCAUUUAUUCCAAACUAUUCAGGUGUCACAGGCACAAGGCAGAAUCCAUCCGUACAUCUGAUGCCACACACCUUCACUCACUCACGCCAAGGCCAUCAUUGAGUCACUAAUCACCUAUGAGAAGGGAGAGAGAGAAUGGAGUGUCCAGGGAAAACCAACACAGAUGGGGUGAGAAUAUACAAACUCCACAAAGACAUUGACCAUUUUGGGAUUUGAACCCAGGGUAUGGAGUUGAGAGACUUUAGCACUAACCACUAUACCACAGAGGAUAUGCAGAAAAUAAAGUAGCAACAGCAGAGCUUCAUUACAACGUGCAAACUUGGGGACUUUUCCAUUAACUCAGCAAAGAACAAAGGAUAUGACAGUAUAAUUUCCUUUAUUGCCACAACAAUGAAAUCUGCAGAGAAUUUCAUACAUAUACAAUAUGAACACAAACCUUCAACACAGGAAGAACAACAAUCACUAUUCCAAACUACCCCAUACACAACUAAAUGGACAUGGUCAUGCAGUUACUGUGGAGGACCUCACUUAAGGUUAAUUGUAACAUGGGGUCAUCCAAGAUCUACCAUAGUCUAGGGAACCUGUAACAAAGUAAAUUGUUCAGCCCAGCCUGCUGUGUCCGGCCUCCACACCUCCCACACAGGACACCUCCCAUUUUAACUGUACUUAGUUCCCAUUUUUUCAUGCAGACUUAAAUCUAUCAAAGAGUUACCUAAGGGCAGAUAAGAAACAUUUAAUCAAGCAAAAGGAGAACAUGGAAAUAAACCGUACUAAAGAUAUAAAACAGGGAACAAAUGAAGUCACUUUCAAAAUAUAGACCAAAGUUAGUAGUACUUGUCUAGACAAAGCAACGGCAAAAAAUAGCAGCCAUUGAAAAUACAGUGAUAAUGUAAAAAAAAAAACUGGAAAAGACAAGGAAACUGUUAUAAUUUGUUUCAGAACCCAUAGAUUUUGAUCUGAAGCGUUCUAUGCAAACCACCUAAUUGCUAUAGUUCCUUGGAGUGGCAUUAGCUGACUAACUAAUGCAGAGAUCAAGGUACUGAUUAUUAAGAACUAUCAACAGACAGCCAGUAGUCAAAGUUGAAAGAACCAUCAAAUAGUCCCUCUUACAUUGAUCCUACUAGCUUUUCCCUAACUGCACCAAGCAGUCAAAUGUUUUUUUUUUUCAGACACCAUCUUAAAUAUCAAUAGCGUGAUGCUACUGCUGAUCACUUGGCUGCAACAGGAUGUCAUUCAUAAUAGCAACGUGCUGGGGACAACUGCAGGAAAAGCAAAAUACAAAAUGGCUUUGCAAUGACAUCGAUAGAACAAUGAUAAAAACUAACAAAACACUAAAACGAAUACCAAAUACACCCAAACCUUUCCAAAUGAAUCUGCAAGCUCAAAAUAUAAACAGGACUAUGACGGGUAUACUGUAUUGUGCAAGAUGCCCUGGUUACUCCCAGGUUUCAUGUCUCCCAUUUGACAGUGCCUUAGUCAAAUCCACAACAAUUACUGAUCUCCUGCCAGGGCCCUUUCAUCUAGUCUAUUAGUAAUCACUUAUAUAAACGACAUCUUGUACUUAGCCCGUACUUGCUCAAUGAGGUGUAGUAGGCAAGAUUCUAGAGGAUCAGCCAGCACAAAGUUUCAUGUCUCCCAUCUGACAGCGCCUUUGUUACACUACUCACUUGCUGUUGUCUGGCAGCAACAAUUACUUUUAUAGUUCUUAUUUCUUUGGUAAGCAUUUGCCUGCAGCAUCUGUUUCAGUAAUGAAUAGAUGUUAUUAACUAGAAGCAGGUUCCUUGCUUUUAGUCCGUACUCAUUCAAGUAGUCAAACCCUAUAGGUUUUUGUAACUUUCCUUUUUCAUUUGCUCACAAUCUGUUAAUUCUUGCUUCCAUAUUUACAUGUUUUUGUCAGUUCUUGACUACAGUCUCACCUUUUAUUCUUGUUCAGUUGGUUACUAACCUGGCCAUUUUGAGUAAUCACCUAUCUCAUGUUAGCAACAUUCCUCUUCUUCCACCUGUGGAACUCUACUCCCAAUUAAACUUGGGAGACAAGUCAAAGAUAUAGAAUAAGAGAGGAAGAACAAUUAUAGAAUUGUGGGGAAACAGAAUCUAUCCCAACAGCAUAUGAUGCAAUGCAAAGAGUAACCCAAGGUAGAAUGCAAGUCACAUUAAUGCACAGAAAAACAUUUCAUACAGUGAACAAAACCUACUCGGGAGAUAAUGAUAAAAACAAGAGCGUACAUAGUAAUAGAAAGAAAAAUGGUGGAAACCGUAAGAUGAAGCUAAACCAGGAAACCAGGAACACAACAGCAAAAUGAAAGUUGGGGCAGAGUAUAGCCAACAAACCAAAACACACAAUCCUACCGUUAGGUCAUACUACAAAAGUAAAUAAACUUGUAGCAGUGGCAGGGCACUCACAUUCUGACAGUUUAAAAACACUGUUCCUGGGUGUUAUAUCUCAGCCAGAUUUCCACCCCUGACUGGAGUUCAUAGUCUUCUUUUAUGUCCCUUUUGCUUUUUGUUGUGCCAUUUAUUUAUAUUAAUGUUACUUUUGUUAAUUAUCUGCUAUAUUUUCUUUGUCUAUGUUAUGUGGGAGGUCCCCCAAAGAGGCGGGGACACCUGCCAGUCGCUGUCAGGAACUGCCCUCUACCCUAUAUAUCCAGAGGGUCUCCCACAGUCCCUGGUGGUUCAUUUUUAAUGCCCUUAGGAGUGAUGAGUUGUUGUUCUUUUUGUAAAUUCAAUGUGGUUUGUGAUUUUCUAGCUGUUUUUAACCUUCUGCUCUAAGUUUUGACCUUGUUAUUUGAAUCUGUAUUGUGACUUGUUUGAUUUAGAUUGCCUUCUUGUUACAGGCUAUUCCAUUUUGCCUUUGUGUUCCAUAGAGCUCAUUAUUAUUGGAGAACAUUUUUUGUGAAGAAUAAAUAUUUUAUUUUACGAAGAUUCCACAAGAGCCCUAUUUGUAUCUAGUUGGUGUUUUUGAUCAUUUUCCCACUUCUAGUGGGCAUUUUUGGAAGUGCUUUUGGGACUCUUAGUUCUCGA